CUCCUCUCCUCUCUUCUCUUCUCUUCAUUUCCUAGUUUAUUACUUACUACUACUAUUUCAUUUACUCCAAGAAACAGACUUCUCAACUAACAUUUUCUUGUUUUUGUAAAAGAAAUUUUGUAUUUCUGUCUCGGUCUUAAGUCUAUGUGGAAAAAACAUACAAAAACUAUUUCAUCAACCCACCACCUUAGAUUCAUUCUUAGCUUAACAACACACGCUCACUCAAGUCUUUAAAUUCUUCUGCAACAGAAACAGAAAAGGAAGUGCUUCUGUCGGCAUUUCACGUGGAAUCUGUGCAAUUCCCAAAAAUAUCAUGAAUUCUUCUUCUUCUUUCUUGAAAAUCUCUUUCUUGAUUUCUUUUUCUCAAAUGUAAUAACAAUAAAAAUAACACUGCAACAUUAAAUAUAUGAAACUAUUAUGAUCCUUUGGAACUAAGUAACAACUGUGUUUCUAUCUUUUUUACUCUCUCUAUUUCAGUUAACAAUGGACCCAAGAACACUUCUCGAUCAUGCUCUGUUUCAGCUCACUCCAACCAGAACUAGAUGUGAUCUUGUGAUUUUUGCUGGUGGAGCGAGUGAGAAAUUGGCAUCUGGGCUUCUCGACCCAUUUAUUUUGCAUUUAACAACUGCUAAAGAUCAAAUAUCUAAAGGUGGCUACUCCAUUUCUCUUCGUCCUCCUCCGCCAAAUGCUUACUGGUUCACUAAGGCUACUCUGCAGAGAUUUGUAAGAUUUGUUAGCACACCAGAAGUUCUUGAAAGAUUUGUGACAAUAGAGAGAGAGUUAGAGCAGAUUGAGAACUCAGUUCAAUCAAAUGAGCUAUCAAGUGCAGACAUGGAAGGUGUUGGUGGAAACUACCAAAAGUCCACAGCCUCAUCUAAGUCAAAACGAGAUUAUGAUGGAGCUACUGGUGAUGCUGCACAGGAAGACAGUUCCAAGAUUCGCCUUCAGCGUGCGCUGGAAACUAGGAAAGCUGUGCUCCACAGAGAGCAAGCAAUGGCAUAUGCUCGUGCUUUAGUUACAGGAUUUGAACUUGACUGUAUAAAUGAUCUUAUUUCAUUUGCUGAUGCUUUUGGAGCUUCACGGUUAAGGGAAGCAUGCUUAAAUUUUAUGGAACUAUGCAAGAAAAAGAAUCAAGACCGGCUUUGGAUGGAUGAAAUUGCAGCAAUGCAGGCAUCUAGAUUGGAGCUACCUUAUCUUGGAACUUCUGGAAUAGUACUCACCGGCGAGGAAAAUUAUCCUAACCAAAUCCCCAGUCUCUCUGUCGGGAAGCAGAAUGGUUCAAUAGAUGCAUCAGUUUCUGACUCUAGCCUUGGAAGUGUAGACCUAAACCAAGAUACUAGUUUGCCAACAUCAACUCUGGCGCAAACAAUGGAAAGCAAAACUCAAGUGCCCAUGACAUGGCCGAACCAUCUUCCUCAAUACAUGCACAAUUUUCAAGGACCUUUGUUUCAACAAAUUACCCCAUAUCAAGGCUACCUUUAUCCUGGUAUGCAAGUUGCCCCUCCUUAUUUUCCUGGGAAUAUGCAAUGGCCUCCAAAAAUGGAUGAUUCGAGCUUUGGGCGUGAAUGGGAGCCAGAUGAUCAAAAAAAGCAUAAAUCAUCAUCAAAGAAGAAGAAGAAGAAGAGUUACCAAGAUGAUUCCACUGAACCUAGUGAUUCAAGCUCAGAGACAGAAUCUGAUGACAAUUUGCAGAAUGGUGAAAAGCAGGAGAAGGAACGAAGAAAUAAGCAUGGGAAGAAGUCAUCAAGAAGGGUUGUCAUUCGCAACAUUAAUUACAUAACUUCAAAAGAGAAAGACAGCAUGUCGGAUGAAACAUCUGAUGAGGACGAAUUCAUUGAUGGAGAAACCAUCAAGCAGCAAGUGGAGGAAGCUGUUGGCACAUUGGCUAGAAGACAUAAAUCAACCUCACGCCACCAUAAGAAAUCACAUCACAACCCAAUAGAUGAAGCUGCAAAUAAUCCCGAUGCACAAAAAGGAAAUGACCAAUGGGGUGCCUUUCAAAACCUUCUUAUGCAGGACAAGGAUUCAGACUCCUUUGGAACCGAACCACGUCCUUUACCAGAUCAGGAGUACUUUACAAGCUCUAAGGAGGGAAUGUCAUCUGCAUUGAACUUGGAAUUAGAGAAAAUGACUAAGCAAAGAGCUAUUUCAAAUGAUUCCUUUAUCACAGCUAAGAUAGAGAGGAGUAACGAAGGUGAGUCUCGACUUGAAAACUUCGAAGCCGGCGAAAAUUUAAAGGUAAUGACAAAGAAAAGGGAAAGUACAUAUGAGGAGUUGAUGUUUUCUCAAGGAAAUGAAGAAUUGGGAAAUCAUUCACAAGUUACUGUUUCGGAUUACUCAUCUGAAUCCUUGAUGAUCAGAAAACCAAAGGAAGGAGAUUGGUUUAUCAGCAAUCAGCAAGAUAAGCCUGUAAAUAAUGGUGAUUAUGCUUCAUCAAUAGCUGAUGAUCAUUUCCGCUUUGAGAAAAGUAAAAAGGAAGUUGCAGUUGAUGAUUCAUUCAUGAUUCAAGCUAGACAGUUAGUAGAUGAUCAAUCUGAAUCCAUAUUAAGAACAGAUAUAAGCAUUGCUGCUGAUAUACUUGAAGCUACUCGAUACGACAAUGGCAACCCAGAAAUUUCACAUGAUCAUAAGGCUGCAACAUUUGGAACCCAUGAACCUGAUGACCUUUAUAUGGUGCUUGGGCGUGAUUCAGGCACUGAUAACGCUGUGUUGUCUUGGACUCCAGAGAUGGAUUAUGAGAAUGAUAUUUUAUCUGCUGAAGUCAAUGGAAGACAUUCAGUUCUUGAAACAAAUGCUGUUGAAGAUAAGCUUUUUUCUGAUGAUAAGGGUGCUAAUAGCAAAAAAGAGAGAAAUUCAGGUGGAAAAGUUCUGGGUAAAGAAGCAAGAUCAAAAGUUUCAAAUGGAGCUCUUGCAAGAAGCAAAUCAGACUUGAUGUCAAAGACCAAAAAACCGGUUUCUGGAGGCAGGACAAAAAGUAAAUCUGAGAAGGAAGAAGAGAAUAGAAUGAGAAUGGAGGAGUUAAUGCUUCAACGGCAGAAGCGAAUAGCUGAAAGGAGUGCAGCAGGCACUAAUCUAACAUCCAAGAAAAUGCCGGUGAAAAAACCAUCUACUACUUCAACUUCCUUAAAGAAAGAAGAGUCCAAAAUCCCAUCUCCAAGCCAAGAGACUAAAAAACCAGUCUUUAGGAGCUCUACUAUGGAUCGCCUUGCCACUGCUCGAGCAACAACAAAGGUGGAACCAGUCCAAUCAAAACCUCUUCAAACCAAAAAGACAACACACAAGAUUUCUGGUGCUGAUAAUAAGAAACCAAGUCCUAAGACAGUAAAAUCUGAUGUUUCUCAAAAGAAAGAAAGCAAUGUGGUUAAAGAAGAGAAGCCAAAAGAAGUAGCAGUUACUAAUGGCAUUCAUGAAUUCGAAGAUAUCAAAGAAUUACAGAGCAUGCCUUCAAUGGAGAAAAAUGAAGCACAAUGUAAUGAAGUUUCCAUAUGCAUUGACUCAUCUGAACAACAAGAUUAUCUGAAGAGUAAUGAUGAGGGAUUAGCAGCUCCAAUUAUUUCUGAAGAAAUUAAAACUUCUGAUGAUCAUCCUCUGCCCGAACCACUAAGUGAGGCUUUGAACAUUUCUGCUGAGAACGUCAAUGUGAAAAUUGACAAUAUGCCUUUGCCAAAAAAAUCUGAGAUAGAAAUAUCAACUCCACCAUAUCAUGAAAUUACAAGUACAGAACCAGUACUUCAUUCAAGGAAGAAAUGGAAUAGCGAUGAAACCUCUCCAAAAGCUGCUAAAGGGUUUAGAAAGCUUCUUAUGUUUGGAAGGAAAAGCCGAACUUCUACGGUAAGUUGAAAUUAUUAGCAAGUUCAAGUUCUUGGAAGUGGAGCUAAUGCAAGUUUGAUGGCUAUUCAGUUUAUUAUUAUUAUUAUUAUUACUUUUUUAAGGGAAGAAGAAAAGGUGAUAGCAGAUAGAUAUAUAGCUCCCACAUACAGAAUAAGGCAUUUGGUGUUGGUGCCAAUAUGAGAAGCAUGUUUUUGUAAUUUAUCUGGGUUUGGUUUUGAAUAGGGUGAGAGUGUAAAGAAAUCAACUUUUUUAUUUGGUUUUUUUUUUUUCCGGAUGUGUACUGAUAUACAUUGAAACCCUUUUUUUUAAUCUUUAUUCAAAUUUAAGGUUGUAAUUUGUAUGUAUCCCAAACCCUUUCCAAUGAGUUGCUGUUAGUGCGUUACAAUGCAUUCAAUUUUUUCUUUAA